AUGGUCACUAUACCCCCUGAAUGGAAAGCGGCGCUGGAAGAUAAAGACACAAUAUUGCAAGCGAUAAGCAAUUCCCACACAUUUCCUCGUGGACUCGAGCCUCCUAUUCCAGAGCCGAAUCGCGAACCCAUCCAGUCCAAUUUGAGAUAUCUGACGGAAGAAAAUUGGGUCCGAGACUACCGAGCAAGAACUUGGGGCUACACAAUCAUUCGCACAGCGUAUCGGGACGGAGACGACGAUAAAUUUCAAAACGGCGUUGACGCUAUCCACCGCUUUGCCCGGCUUUGGAGUGACAAUGAGGUUGAGCUAGCCACUGAGAAAAUGAAGGGCAUUCGGUUGGCGUAUGAAGCAACGGGAUAUUGGCCGGAGGGCAUGCCUGAGACUGCCAAUAUGAUGGCAAAUGAGACUUCUAUAGAGCGCUCUGUUAAUGAUAUUGUCGAAGAUUGA